AUGGUGGAGAAUGGUGGCAAUGAGGUUUUGACUGGUACCCGCUCGGCUGAAGAAUGGUUAUCACAUGCACGGGAGCUUGUUCCAUUGGCACUGAAUAAGGCAAGAGAGGUUAAGGGAUUUCCAGGUCGGUGGAAGAUGAUCAUUUCAAAGUUGGAGCAGAUCCCGUCACGUUUAUCAGACCUGUCUAGCCAUCCAUGCUUUUCCAAGAAUGCUCUUUGUAAGGAGCAAUUGCAAUCAGUAUCUAAGACACUGAAGGAGGUUAUUGAAUUGGCAGAGUUUUGUGUGGGGGAGAAAUAUGAAGGAAAACUUCGGAUGCAGAGUAAUCUUGAUGCGUUGUCUGGGAAAUUGGAUUUGAAUUUGCGAGAUUGUGGGCUUUUGAUCAAGACUGGGGUGCUUGGUGAGGCUACUUUGCCUUUAGCUAUGGCUGGUUCUUCAACUGAACCUGAGGCUGCUGCUCAUGGUAACAUAAGGGAACUGCUUGCACGGCUUCAGAUUGGGCACUUGGAGGCAAAACAUAAAGCUCUUGACAGUCUUGUUGAGGGCAUGAAAGAGGAUGAAAAGAAUGUAUUGUCAGUUAUGGGUCGUAGCAAUAUUGCUGCUUUAGUCCAAUUGCUCACUGCAACAUCUCCUCGUAUCCGUGAGAAGACUGUAACUGUAAUCUGCUCGCUUGCUGAAUCUGGAAGUUGCGAAAAUUGGCUUGUUUCUGAAGGGGUUUUGCCACCUCUAAUAAGGCUUGUUGAGUCUGGCAGUGCAGUGGGUAAAGAGAAGGCUACAAUUUCACUUCAAAGAUUGUCAAUGUCAGAAGAAGCAGCCCGUGCAAUUGUUGGGCAUGGUGGGGUUAGGCCACUGAUUGAGAUAUGUCAGACUGGUGAUUCUGUUUCUCAGGCUGCUUCUGCUAGCACUUUGAAGAACAUAUCAGCUGUCCCCGAAGUUCGGCAAACUCUAGCUGAGGAAGGGAUUGUAAAAGUUAUGAUUAAUCUCCUUGAUUGUGGAAUUUUAUUGGGUUCCAAAGAAUAUGCGGCAGAGUGCUUGCAGAAUCUCACUGCAAGCAAUGACAAUCUAAGGAGGUCUGUAAUAUCAGAAGGUGGAAUUCGGAGCCUGUUGGCUUAUCUUGCUGGUCCAUUGCCACAAGAAUCUGCAGUCGGGGCAUUGAGGAAUUUGGUUGGCUCAGUUUCUAUGGAGGUUUUGGUUUCUCUUGGUUUCCUCCCAUGCGUGGUUCACGUGCUUAAAUCCGGUUCACUAGGUGCACAGCAGGCUGCUGCCUCCGCAAUUUGCCGGGUUUGCAGCUCAACAGAGAUGAAAAAACUGAUUGGUGAAGCCGGGUGCAUUCCUCUCCUUGUGAAGAUGCUUGAAGCUAAAUCAAACACUGCCAGAGAGGUUGCUGCCCAGGCAAUUUCAAGUUUGAUGACCCUUUCACACAAUUGCAGAGAAGUGAAAAGGGAUGACAAAUGUGUGCCAAAUCUGGUCCAACUGCUUGAUCCCAGUCCACAAAACACAGCAAAAAAGUACGCAGUUUGUUGCCUUGGAUUGCUCUGCUCAAGCAAGAAAUGUAAGAAGCUGAUGGUCUCAUAUGGAGCAAUUGGGUACCUCAAGAAGCUCACAGAGAUGGACAUUCCCGGAGCCAAGAAGCUACUUGAGAGAUUGGAGAGAGGGAAGCUGAGAAGUUUCUUCACAAGAAAAUAG